CUCGCUCCACCACGCUCAUUUUGUCUCCGGCUAGCUGAAGCAUCACUGUGGCUGCAUGCGCUGUAUUUUCGUCUCUCUCUCUCUUUCUCUCUCGCUGUGGAUCUCAGGUUGGUGUUUGUUCGGAGGAAUCUGCUGUGAAGCUGAAACACAGGAUCAAGAAAAGUGUGUGUGGACACAGAGAGUCUUCAUUAGUGUGGUCAUCUGUACAUGGAUAUUCCCUGCUGGACAGGUGAUCUCUGUACGUCCGGCGCUGUAGCUGUGUUUGGGAACGUGCUGUGCAGCGGGCCGGGCCUGGCCGAUCACCUGUGGCGAAUCAGACAUCCUCUGUUCAUCACACUGGGUAACCAGGAGGCCAGCAGUCCCGCAGACGCAAUGGCGCAGACUUUCACCCCGCAGUACGCCCAUCCGGCUCAGAACGGAAUCCCAGCCGAGUUCACCACGCCGCACGCCCUUCCCACGCAAGACUACACGGCGCAGAGCCGCGUCCCGGAUCACAGCCUGACGCUUUACACGCCGACACAGAUACACAGCGAGCUGGCCAACGGUGACAGCAACACGCCAGACAUCUCCAGCAGUACCAACACGACAACGACAGACGAUGUGACGCAAACUGUAGUUUCCCAACAGCUGAUGCUCUCAGACUCCACAGAAAAACAGCAACCCAAGAGAUUGCACGUCUCCAACAUUCCCUUCCGCUUCCGGGAUCCGGAUUUACGGCAGAUGUUUGGGCAAUUUGGGAAGAUCUUAGACGUGGAGAUUAUCUUUAAUGAAAGGGGAUCAAAGGGCUUUGGCUUUGUAACGUUUGAAACGAGCACAGAUGCAGAUCGCGCGCGGGAGAAACUAAACGGUACAAUCGUAGAAGGACGUAAAAUCGAGGUGAACAACGCCACAGCCAGAGUGAUGACAAAUAAGAAAGCAGUAAACUCGUACACAAACAGUUGGAAACUGAAUCCAGUUGUUGGAGCCGUUUAUGCACCUGAGCUCUACGCAGUGACGGGUUUCCCGUACCCCACAGCAGGGGCGACAGUGACCUACAGAGGUGCUCAUCUGAGAGGAAGAGGUCGAGCCGUUUAUAACCCCUUCCGUACGGCCCCGCCUCCUCCGCCUAUCCCGGCCUAUGGAGCAGUUCUGUAUCAGGACGGAUUCUACGGCGCUGAGAUCUAUGGCGGUUAUGCAGCGUACAGAUAUACACAACCUACGACAGCUACAGCCUUCAGUGACAGUUAUGGGCGAGUCUAUGCAACAGCAGAUCCAUAUAAUCAUGCCAUCGGCCCUGCAACCACUUACAGCGUGGGAACCAUGGCUAGCCUGUACAGAGGAGGGUACAAUCGCUUCACGCCAUACUAAACCACAACAAACAAACAAACAAAACCAAUAAAACUUUGUCAACGUGGAGUUCGGUUUCAAACUAAAAUGCUUCCAGGUCACAGCGAUGACCGACAUCCGCUCAAGACGACGACGGGGACGCUUUUCUUGUUUUUGUGUUGUGCACAGAUGUUGUGUGGGAAAUCAGGAGAUAAGAGCCUCAUAAAGUAUAUAUAUAUUGUACAAAAUUGGCUUUGUUUACUUUUCAAGCUGUUGUUUUUAAUGUUGGCAAUGUUUACACAUUUCUAUAUAAUUCUGUUUUAUGGUCUCUCUACUUUGCUUGACAAUUAUGAGUAUGAAAUGGUUAAAUAUUUGGCUUAUUGUGUAUAUAGCUGCUAGUUUAUUUUAAAAUAUAUCUCAGGAUCCUAUUCAACGAAAAGGGAACUCAAAAUUCACUUAUCAGAUAUUGGCAGUGUAUUUCUGUCAAAAAUAUAGACACUAGCUGUCACUUGGGUGGCAAAAAGUAAACCUUUACAUCUAAAGAGUUGAUGUAAUUAUUGGUACCAAAUGUACACAUAUCUGUACCUAGUGAUGCAUAAAUAAAUAUUAAAGGGUACUACUGACCCAGUAACAGUUGGGGUACAUAUUUUGAGCAUUUAUUUGAAGGUUGUCUAUGUGCGUGAUUGCACAGAUGAGAGGACAUGACAUUACAGAUUUACCUCUGAAAGCUGUGAACUUGUUUUUCAUACAGCUCUGAUAGAGAAAUAGUUUCAUUCUUUAUUUAUAUGUUUCUCGUACAUUUUAGUAUAAUAUGAAACUUGAAAAUGAUCAAAACACAUUGGAAUUAUGUUGUGGGUAAAAAAACUAAAAUGAAUCAAAACUGUAUUAUAAUUGCAAAAAUGCACGCUUGGCAUUUAUCAAGCAGCUUCUUGCAAACCACACGCUUUACAAGAUACCCUUAACAUUAUAAUCUUCAUAAACCCCUCUGGUCUUUAAAAUGCAUGCUUGAUUUUGCUUUCACAAAGCUCUUCUUUCUUCUUAUUAAAAUGUCUGGUUAAAGUUUGUAAAAACUCUAUAAUCAGUGUUUCAUUGUGAUGUUUGUUUGCAAAAUCUUACUUUAAAUUGAGUUGAAUUCAUAAAGGCAAAAUCCUUUUUAAACUUUGUAAUCUUUAGCUAAAAGUAAGUUUAAAUGUUUACAAAGCAAACAUUGCUCUUGAGAAAAUGUAAAGUAAUUGUACAUUGUUUUAAACUCCUUUCAAUCCUUUAUGCAUACACAAUGAUUUUCACCAAAUUAAAAAAAAGUUAAUUGGCUGAACAUAAUUCAAAGAUUUGGAUCAGUGGAUCCACGUGAUUGGCCCACGUUUUUUCAACAUGAAAUUAACAUGUAAGCUCUACUCAAUUACUGUACGUCGAUAGAAAAUGACUAAAUCACGUUUACUUAACAUGAAAAAAAUAAAAACUUAAUGUAGCACAACAUGACUGAUUCAUGUAAACCCAACACGAUUUUCCAAAUAAAAAACAAUUUAAGUUCAACUUAAUUAAUAAUAAUAAUAAUUAAUAAUUAAGUUCAACUUAAUUAAUUUCUACAUUUGCUCUCAUUAUUCAGUCCCAUGCAAAGCAUACUGAAAACCUAAAUUUGAAAACAUCACAUUGAAUUAAUUUGUUUAAAACCACACUGUAAAAAUUACUUUGCUGCCAUAAUUUUUUUUGUUGAAUCAACUCGGAUUUACAAGUCAUUUCAACUUACUAUUAUUUAUCUUGACUAGAGAUGAGUUGUUAUAACUACAGGUGAGUUGUUAUAACUUAUAAAAUAUAGUUGAGAAAAGUCAACUUAAUGUUAUAAGUUGUGACAACUCAUCUCUGUUGACAUGACUUGUAAAUCUGAGUUGAUUUGACAAAAAAUGAGCCAAAUUUAUUAUUUUGAAUGUUUGUGAUACUUGACUGAAUCAUGUUGUUUCAAAAUAAAACAUCAAGUUAAGCCGAAGGUUACAAUUUCAAUUCAGUUUAAAUUCAAUUAUGCAACUAUGAUUAAAACAGAAACUGCAUCAAUCGUGUUAAAAUAAAUGGUUUAAAUAAAGCUAACUUUUUUUGAGUGCAAAUAAACCUCUGAAGAGCCUCUAUAGUUGCAUAUUGACAGACUGUGAUGAACUGCAUCUCUUCACAUAUAUAUCAGGUGUAGUUGUGUGUGUCAGAAUAUCAUCAUCUCUAAAUGUGAGUCUGGACUGUCAACACACAAAUAAAACAGCUUGUGUGUUUUAACACUAUUAAAUAUCCCAAGUACUGGUUCUUCCUCAGAAGUCUCACUGUACUGUAACAUUACAUUGUUUUUCAUUGGACUGAUGUGGCACCUGUGUGAAGCCGUCCAAUCAGAUAUAAGCUAGCCUAUUAGAUAAAACCUGCUGUGCAAUACAUGAUGUAUCUGAACGUAUCAUCUGAAAAUACAGCCACAGAAAAAAAAUAAAAGACCAAUUCAGGUUUGACUUUAUUCAUCAUAGAUGUAAUGUAACCAUUUCAGUAUAGUCUCUUUUUGAAUUUUAACAAAAACAAAGCUUUAUUUCUUUUAACUAACAUUUACAAAGAUUAAUAAACACUGUCACAAAUGUAUUGCUCAUGGUUUGUUCAUGUUAGUUAAUACAUUAACUAAUUUUACCUAAUGAACCUUAUUGUAAAGUGUUACCUUUCAUUUUUUUCCUAAAAUACAUGGAAAAACAGGAGUAUUUUGAUGUUGAGAAGUUAAUUUGAACUCUGCAGUAUUAAAGAUCGGAAAACACAUUUUUAUUUUGACCAUGUUUUUCCCAUUUAAAUUUUUAAUAAAUAAAUGCAAAUAAAAUCAUAAUUUUUAUUAAGAAUUUGGCAGAAAUGCUGUCGGCAGUUGACAGAAUAAAGUAAAAUAUAACAAGUAAAAUUUCACUUAAACGUAUACGUAUAAAUAGUAAAUCAUUCAUUGUCUUUUUAUUUUUUUCUGUGGCUGUACAUGUGUUAUUUUCUCUGCAAUAUCCAACCAAAGAGAACUAAAACAUCAAAGGUUUAUAAAUACUGUAUGUAACAUGACAUGACAACAUUUUAUAAUGAAAUAUAUAUGUGUGUGUCUGUGAAAGUUUGCCCACUGACCACUCCAUCGUACUGAAGUUGUAAAAAUAUUCAGGAUCUAAGCUUUUUUAUUAUUAUUAUUAUUAUUAACAGUAUUUUACUCUGGAGGCAGGACAGAUGCUCUGUUGUCCAUCUCUGAUGUUGUUGAUGCUUAUACACUGUAUGAGUGAUUUAAUGUUUAUUUCUCUGUGUUAGAUUGGUUUAAACAUGAAGUUGCCUUUUUAUUUGAUUAUAUUAUUUUUUUAAAUAUCUUUAAAUGUAUUAUAUAUCUAUCCUGCAAUUAUCAUGAAGUCUACAUAUCAGCACAAAAAAAUGAUAUGAAUAUAACUGAUGUAAAGUCCUGUAGACUGACGUCUAUUUACACUUCAGGGUUCAAUUCUUCUGGACCGUCUUGUUUACUAUGCUAAGCAAAAAAAUAUAUUAAGAACAGCACGUUGAAAAAAGAUAAAAGCAAAAAAUGAUGCUUUGUGAAUAUGUAUAUAUGAUGCUCUUCAUAAAUGUUGAAUAUUAGCUAUAUAGUGGACUUUCUCUAGAUAAACAGUUGAUCUUUAAACCAUGUUAUUUUCAUUGUGUUCAUUGAUCCCUCUGUGAGUUGUAAGUACUUUGGUUUGAUAUUUUGAACUGCAAUGUGUAUGAUAUGGUCUUAUAAUAUUAUUAUGAAAGAUAAUAUUUGAUGUUUACAUAUUCAUUAUAUAUAGAUAUAUUCAAGUUCAUUAUAAUUCAUGAAUAUGUCAAAAUAAAAUAAAGAGCUUACAGUACCAGCGUUUAUAAAUAAAAUAGCAACCAUCUGACUUGGGGUGCCAUUUAUUUCUUAUUACUAUUAAUCAAAAAUACAUAUUGUCUGAUUUUGUCUGAAAUUGAGUAAAUAAUGGCAAAAUUUAUAAAAUGCAUUAAACUCUGUGAAUACAGUCUUAUUUUUUUCAGGCACUGUACAUUUUUCUGUAAAAUUGAUUUAAUCAGAUUUUACAGCAUCACUUUUAUGAAUUUGCUCUCAUCUGUUUGUGUU